GUUCGGUAACCGCUUCGUUGAUGCUGAUCCCAGAGCAGCCCGUUCAGUUAAGAACGAUUCAUUUCAAGGUCUUACGAAUAUGUAACACUGACUCGAGACCAGCAGUUUGUAUGUCGGUAUUUGCUUUCACUUGUCAAACCUAAACCGCUUCCUUGUUCCGGUAGCGGUUCUGUCAAGGUCCAAGCAUGGCCCAGAGUGUUUUAUAUUACAGCCAGUGCUGCCGUUUGUUUCACGGCAACGUAAAAGUCUUACAAAAAUGUUCUGGGACCCUACCUGUCAGACUCGCACACACUGUUGUACGGAGAGAAACUGGACUGAAAUACACACCGUCACCGCGGUGCUACCCGGUGAAUGUGAGUCACACCUGCAGAACAAGUCAACACUCCAGAACUUUUUCCUCAAUCCCUCCACCGCACUCGUCAGGAGAUAAACCCAAAAAGUUUGGUCCUGUCACAUGGAAAUCUUUAGCGGUAACGUUUGCUAUCGGAGGCUCUCUGCUCGGAGGGAUGAAAUACUUCAAGAAAGAAAAGGAAGAACUUCUUGAAAAAGAGCGGAACAAAUCGAUCGGUCGAGCGGCGCUGGGCGGUCCGUUCUCGCUCGUCGAUCACAACAACAAGCCCAGCAAGAGCGAGGACUUCUUCGGCCAGUGGAUCCUCAUCUAUUUCGGGUUCACGCACUGCCCUGACAUCUGCCCAGAUGAGUUGGAGAAAAUGAUUGAAGUGGUGGAUGAAAUCGAUGAUAUAAAGUCUCUUCCAAACCUGACGCCCAUCCUCAUCACCAUCGAUGCUGAGCGGGACACACCAGAGGCCAUGGCUGCAUAUGUGAAAGAGUUUUCCCCGAAGCUCAUUGGCCUGACGGGGACACAAGCUCAGAUUGAUCAGGUUUCCAGAGCCUACAGAGUGUACUACAGUCAGGGACCAAAGGACGAAGACAACGACUACAUUGUGGAUCACACCAUCAUCAUGUACCUUGUGGGACCUGAUGGAGAAUUUGUGGACUAUUAUGGACAGAACAAAAGAAGCACGGAGAUCACCAACUCGAUAGCAGCACAUAUGAGAAAGUACAAGAAGGCAAAUUGAAAGCUCACUGCGUGCCGACAGACUCUGUCCUCAGGUGUUUCUGCUUGAACUUAAAUCGUGUCUGCCAUCUUAAAUCUGCGCCUUGUAUUUAUUCUGUCAGUCGGCGACGACGUUCCCUUCGCUGAGUGGUGUGCAGGCCAAAGCCAGCCUGAUGCUUAUCUUCAUUAUCGUCUGUGAUUUCCUGCAGCUGCUGAAUGGACUUUCUUGAAAGUGUUUGAACACUUCAGCUCCACUGAGCUUAGUAUCUCUGAUUUGGACUUUGUGAUAAAAAGUUGAAAAACAAUUCUGUGUAAAAUAGGAUGGAAAAAUGUCUCCCAGUGGUAGCAUAUAAAAGACAUUUGAGCAGGCUGUGCUGGUUUUCACCAGGAUUGGCUCACUUUUUCUUAAAACAUGUCCAAAUCAUUUGACUAAUGUUAAGGUUUUGCCUUCAGAGAGAUUGUAGUAAAUGAAAAAUUUUGCAGAAGAAGAAAUGGCUAGAAGGAGUGAAAUUUCUGAAGAAAGUGUGUGUCACUGCUGGUAGGUUAAAUUGAGUGAUGGCAGAAGUAUUAUCAGCAAGAAAUAUAUCAGAAGUAGACGUAUGAUAUUCAGAGAAAACAGUCCGUUUAUUCUCUGCAGUUGCCACGGGCCAGUAUUGAUUUAUUAAUAUCUUCUCCGCCCGUACACCUGUCGCGUUCCUCCUUUAGAUAUGGGAUUAGAAAAGCAAACAGGGCAGUUGUUGAGCUCUACGCAGACAGACCCGGCGCUCAUUCCUGGAGGAGGGAGGCCGUUGGGCUCUGACCGCCGUCACGUGGAGCUCUCAGAAUGGACCGGGCUGAUUUCUGCUAAUCAUUUACAUUCACAGAAGCAGAUAAAAGACACAGUGCUGUAAGAUCCCAUCCGUUUUCUAUGAGAGGCAGUAAAUCAUGAAAGGAGAGCAAAGAUCAAAUUUAUUGUCAAUAGCAGAUAUUUUUAUUCACAUACAAAACACAUUGCAGUCACAUCGUCUGUGCCUUUUAAGUUGAAACAUAAUCUGCAAAAAGUAAACUGCAUUUAGAUUGACAGCACGAUUGAUCUGCGAGGCGUUCAGGCUCCGCCGACACCUCCCACAAUCAGCUCGCUUGUGGGCAGAUCGAUUAUGCUGUCAGUCCAAACGCAGUUCAGUUGUUGUUCUUUUGGUUGUUGCAGUUUAAGCGUCUCAGAUCAGUCCAGAAUCUGCACCUGCCAGAGUGCAGAGUAAAACCUGAAGUGAAGAUGUUUUCUUUUGAAGGAUGAGCUUUUUGAGACGUUCAUCCAGUGUGUGGUUCUCAGUAGCCUCACUCCCAGGCUGGACCUCAUCUCCCCCUUUGACCCCCUAAUCCUGUGCAGAUGCACCCGUCGUCAGAUCUAUUUUCCCCCCGGGGUGAGGCAUCGGCCUCUCUCCCACACAACCAGCUGAUGGGGAUUUUCUCUCUGCUUCUUUUCUUUUUGCCCCGGUGACCCUUGUAUUCGCAUCUCGUGGCCUCCUUGCAGUCAGACUUCCACACAUAUUUGCUGCCAUGUUGAGGCAUGACGGAGGGGUCGGCGUACUGUAAGUCCCUGUGCUGGUCUGCCUGCCCGGGCCGAGCUUGUCUAUGCAGAGCCAAUUAUAAUCACAGCUGUUGCCAGACCUUCAAGUGACAUUAAGAGGCUAUUAAAUAAGCACCAAUUA